AUGGCGCCUCAAAGCGCAGAAGACGUCAAAGUUUUGAACAAUCUCAUCGCUUCAACGCUUGCGCUUGUCAAGCAGUUCCGUCCGUCCAUCUCCACCGCAUCGACUACGCCCGCAAUCGACAACCCUCCAAACCCGCUCCGAGUCCUUCGCGAUUCAGCCUCGCUCCUAAAGGCCCACACAACGAAGGUCUCCCUCCUCGCGAUCAACAAACCCUUCACGCCCUCAGCGAUCACCAAAGUCCUCCGCGACCUGACCUCGACAUGUCUCCCCGCCAUGAUGAGCGCGGUGCAAAUCUGCACGCAAGAGAAAGCCUCCUACAGCACGCUGGUCGAGAAGGAAGUUCAAGCGCGAGUAAGCAGAGUCUUCCGCGAGAUGGAGAAUCUCCUGAAUGAACUACAAUCCAUCGCGAAUGGCGGGAGUGCACCGGCCAGGCGCGACAGUCUUAGUUCAACGGGUGUCGUAUGGGAAUCAUGCGAUGCGCUGAUAGAGCUGGAGAAGAUGGGCCUUGCGGGACUCGCGGUGAAGAAAGCGGAGCAGUAUCGCGAUGCGGUCAAGGACGCGAUUGAGGAGCUGCAAGAGUGGAAAGAAGGCGAAGACCUGGAACAUGAGGGUGUUGAUGAACUGCUAGAUGGAGACGAUGAAGGCAUUGACGGUGAUGCGGAUCUCAUGGAAGAUAUCUUCAACGCCGCGAACAGUCUGCCGAAGGAUCGGCCUGAACUGAAAGAGUUGGUCGAGCAAGCGGAAGGGAAGCUGAAGAAGAUUGUGCUGUUGUUCAAUGCGUUGAUCAGGAGAAGACUAAAGCCUUUCGAGGACGGUGAGAAAGGCAAGGUGAAGGCGCUGGAUGCUGUCGUGGAGAUGCUGAGAAGCGUGCAGAAAGAUGUGGAUGAUCUGGCGAAUUGCUUCUAUGAGCUGAAUGAGGAGGAUGUGAAAGUGGCGUUGGAGACUUGCGUUGGACAUGCGAAGGAGGCGUGUAAGAUUGCUAAGUUGAAGGACGGGAAGGAGGACGAGUUCACGACCUGGAGUCAGAAGUGGGAGGAGGCAAUUGGGUGA